AUGCCGGAGGAGGUGGGUAGCGUCACCGAACAUGGUGCGCCCAGCCAUUCGCUGGCACGUAGACUACGUCAGAUGAAUAUUGCAGAAGGCCGGUUUCUUAUUUCGCAACGUAUCGGCAGUGGUGCUUUUGGUGAGUUGUUCCAGGGCCUUGACAUUCGUACCAACUCGAGGGUAGCGGUGAAAUUUGAGAAACGACAAAUCGCGUACCCGCAGUUGUCGUAUGAGAAUAAGGUGUACCGUGUGCUGCAUAAUGGCCAAUACGACACCAUUGGGAUUCCGCGUGUACAUUACUUUGGUGUAGAGGGUGAAUACGGUGUGCUCGUGAUGGACCUUUGCGGCCCGUCACUGGAAGACCUCUUUAACUACUGUGGCCGUAGAUUUUCUGUGAAGACUGUAUGUAUGCUGGCGGAUCAGAUGCUACAGCGAAUCGAGUUCCUGCAUGGAAAAGGUUUUAUUCAUCGAGACCUUAAACCAGAGAACUUUGUGCUUGGUACUGGAAGGCGGGGGCACGUUCUUCACCUCAUCGACUUUGGUCUAAGCAAAUUGUACUGGAACAAGCGGAAACAGCUGCAUAUUCCAUUCUGUGAAGGGAAGACGCUAACAGGUACCGCACGGUACUGUAGUACCUGGACCCAUCGCGGGUUUGAGCAGAGCCGCCGUGAUGAUCUUGAGUCGAUUGGCUUCAUUCUUGUGUACUUCCUCGUUGGGUCACUUCCAUGGCAGGGAAUUACGGUGCGGGACGUCCAGCAGAAAACCGCCCGUAUCGGGGAGAAGAAGUUGGAUACAUCACUGGAGAGCCUCUGCAGUGGACUUCCCGGGGAGAUCCUGCAGUACUGUUCCUACUGCCGGGAAUUGCGGUUUACAGACACUCCGGAUUAUAAUUAUAUGCGGGAGUUAUUUUUGACGCUUGCGAAGCGGCGUGGCUGCGUGCGUUUGCCCUUGGAGAAAGCAAAUGGUGUGUGGUGGAACGGCAGCAACAGUGGCUCGGACACGCGAUCGUCACCGUAUGACUGGAUGUUUGAUUGGUGUUUGAAACGUGGGGCGGAAGUGGAGGAGUGGCACAAGCGGCAAAUGGCGAAAAGCCCAUCGAACAACAUGCAACAUUUUCCCGCCUCCCGCCAAUUGGGUGAAAAAGACGUGAACUCAAAAGCCCUUGAAGGCGACAAUGACGACUCUAGCUCUUCAUCCGAGUCCAACGUCAUUCAUCUGUCGCUGAGGAAGACGGAUUGGCAAAACGGCGAGUAA